GCCGAAGGCUGACUACUAUUGCGACUUGAUCGUGAAGCCGACUGCUUGCGCGGCAUGGCCGCUUGGCAACACAGCAUUUACAAAUUCAUUAGGAGAACUUGCUCUUUGUCUGCGAGCAUGGCGAACACGGCUGGUCAGCUGGCGUUCACGAUGCCAGCGUAUGUUAGAACGAAGUAGAGUUUCAAUGGCCUGGCGUGAGCUCCAAGCCUAUGUCAAGGGCAGGCUAGCUCACUGUGACCCUGUUUCCAAUUUGAGGAAAUGCAAACGGGUCCACUGAAGGCAGUGGAAGAAAGCAAGUGAGACGCAGAGGUGUUAUUCGUUUCUCAAGAAGAGGAGAAAACCCAACUCUAACUGAGAAAAUGGUCGAAGUUGAGGACCAAGGAGAGGAGAUCGAGCUCAUCAGCUUGGAUGAGUCGACGUCACCAACUGGAAACGAGUCUGGGGAGUGCACGAGUGUUGAGGACUUUGGUGCACCACUAGAGGUGCUGGAUGAGACAGCGGAGUCACCAUGGCGGAUGCUGGCCCAAGCACUACCGUCCACGUUGGUAGCUGGGUUAGGAAUGGUUGCAGCUGGAAUUGUCCUCAACAUUGUUCAGGACUGGGAUGUGUUCAAGUAUGUCAGCGAGCUGUUUAUCCUCAUACCGGCACUUCUUGGUCUCAAAGGCAACCUGGAAAUGACGCUGGCAUCCCGUCUGUCCACCCAGGCAAAUCUUGGCAACAUGAGACGACCGAGAGAUAUUUUAGAAUUGUGUUUCGCAAACUUGGCCUUAGUUCAGGUUCAAUCCGGUGUUGUCGCUGUAUUUGCGUCAACCAUUGCUAUCGUUGUGAGCGUUCUGAACAAAUCCCACGUGGUCGGUAUCCACUGUAUCGUUCUGUUCUGCGCGGCCAGCGUCACAUCGUUCCUGACCGCACUGAUUCUAGGUAGCCUGACGUGUGUCCUGGUGACGGCGUGCCAUCGUUUCAACAUCAACCCGGACAACGUCGCUGCGCCGCUGGCUGCCAGCAUGGGCGACGUCACCACACUCUCCAUCCUGGCUGGCUCGGCUCACCUUCUCUACAGCAUGUCCGUGCAUGGUCCCGCUCUGCUCAUUGCCCUUCUGGUGCUGACGCUAGUGCCGGUGCCCGUAUGCAGUUAUCUUGCCUGGAAGAGCAGACACACUAACGAGGUGAUGAAGUCCGGCUGGGCUCCCGUCAUGUUCAGUAUGGCCAUCAGCAGCUGCGGUGGAUUCGUGCUGGACCGGGCAGUCGUCAUGUAUGAUAAUAUGUCCACAUUCACACCACUGGUCAACGGAAUCGGUGGCAAUCUCGUCGCCAUUCACGCCAGCCGUCUCUCCACAUUCCUGCACAAGCAGACGAUGCUGCACGCGAAUAGCCUGUCUGACGCCAAGCCCGAUAUUGAGGUCAAGCCAGUCAAGUCAUCCAAGCCGUCUCUGUCAUUGUUCAAGUCAAACAAGCCGUCUCUGUCAUUGUCGCCCGCAGCUAAGGUGCAGUACAAAAUGCUGUCCAAGAAAACUUUCAAAGUGCUCAUCGCCCUGCUUGCUCCAGCCCAUCUUGUAUUCUUCACAGUCAUCGGCUUGCUCAAGUCUCAAGUGGAGCAUGGAGAAGGAGUGCCAGCUUUCUUCUUUGUCUUUGUCUUCCUUGCAUCGCUCAUGCAGGUGCUCGUUCUACUAGUUAUUUCGCACUGGCUGGUCCACUUCCAAUGGCGGUCUGGCCGUGAUCCAGACAGCUGCACUAUACCGUAUCUAACGGCUAUCGGUGAUCUCAUGGGCACCGCUUUGCUGGCAUUGGCAUUCUUUACAUUUAGUGGAAUCUUCGCACACGCCGCCGCUAACCUACCGACAGACGUAACACCUACAAACUCUACAUCGCUCCCUUGGCUAAACGCUACAUCGCUCCCUUGGCUAAACGCUACAGCACUCCCUUGACUGCUCUCACCCACUAUAUUAUUAUUUUUCCCUGGGCCAACUCCUGCUCGAGUGUGACAGUAUGCUGCUCAUGGUACGUGUAGCCGGCAUGCGCUUUGCACUGGCAAGUAGCUGGGCGAUUGUGUCAGCCUUAUCUAGCCUGGGUGGUGCAUCAUCUGACCUGGCCUACAUGUAUUUGGCCAUACUGUUUCCCUUUUUAUACUAUUUCAGAUUAUUUCAGAUUAUUAUUUUUUGCACUUGUCUCUAUCCGUAGUUAGGGGGCUCAUUGCCUUAUAUUAAUUAGGAGGCAUUUUCCAUAGCCGUAUAUUGUUAUAAGUUACUCUGCUCUGUUCGUGUUCAGCGGCACAGUGAGUCACGUCCUCACUAAUUUAUUUUUCAAACACUAUAUGCACCAUGACUUGAGUUCUGGUCCUAUUCGAUACCAAACCUGUACAGAGUGAUAAUAUUCUUCGCUAUAUGCAUCUGUGUUUGAGCAUUUUGCUUUUUAGUCUCCUAUCCCGUGCCAUUUUAGCUUACUCCGACCUUUCUCUCUUCCUUAGUUCAGGUUUCUCGUUACACCCCUUAACAGUUACUAGCUCGGGUGUCUGCAUCUUUUUUAAUUCAUUGUGCCUGUCCCGUUUCUAUUGACAUUACAUGUGCAUUUAUUUUUCUGCACGCAUGUGUUUUUUUCUACUGUAUGUCCACAUUUUGGGCUCUCCGCCUUCUCCACGACAUACAACAAACAAGGAUAACAUAUAAUACUACUACACUCAUAAUUGUGAUAUCUCUCUUUUCGAUCCGGA